ACCAGACAAUACUCCGAUUGUUGCAUCCAUCAUUAUCGUGCAUCGUUGGACAUCUGAAGCGCUCUGGCUUAAUCAUCACAUAUAGAAUUCCAAUCAUGGCGCUCAACUCUACGACAGCCAUCAGCGUUGCCGCACAUGUUCCAGCAUGGAAGCGUCUAGGACUGAGAUUGAAAUGCCAAAGUGAUGGCACGGGAGAGGCCAGAACAUGCCCAUUGGCAACCUCUAUACCUCUAGAUAUCGGUAUACAGUCCGCGAGCACCAGCGAAGAAGUCCUUCGCCCCAAACCGCAGCAAUCAACCGAAAAGAGGAAACGUGACGGCGACAUAUCCACAGGUGAAUCCUCAACCAAGAAGAAACGACAUAGCGAUCCACGUGAGUUACGGAAAACCGAACGUAUCAAGGACCUUGCCAGGGAGAAGACAAACACACCCUUAACAAUAUCGACUGAGGCACACGACAAUGAAGAUCUUAAAUUCAACACUAGCGUGAAAACAAAGCGCUCAUCCCUAUCAAGCUCCAUCAGGCAUCAAGUCUCAAAAGCAGCAGACGCUCGAUCAAGCUCACCGCGGAAAACCGUCUCAUUCUCUGCAGACACAAAGACGGAUGACGGGAGCAGUGCUCAGGACCUUUUCCGCACGUGGUCUGACUCCCAACAGCAAGGCGAAUACGGCUUGACACCAGAAGAAAUCGCCGAGUACCUCGAACCUGGGUCGCUACCAGCAAAAGCCAAGUCAGAUUCACCAGAGGUAGUUCAAGAUCGAAUCAAGCAGAAGAAAAUCAAGAAGGCGUCUCGUCACCUCGAGAAGUCCUCGAUCGAAUCUGAGCCCUUUCUAAAAUAUCUCCACACCUACGCCACCGACCGUAGGAAUUGGAAGUUCAACAAAACUCAUCAGACGACGCUCCUGAAACACGCAUUCAACAUCUUCCGCAUUCCAGACGACAUGGAAGCCGAUAUUCUCGCUUACCUUGCAGGCUUACAAGGUGACGCGGCCAAGUCCCGUCUGCGCGGCACAGCCCAAGAGAUCAUCGCUUCAUCCGCAGCAAUCCAAGAUGCAGGUACCAUGUCUGAGUCUGUAGUUCGCGAUUCAGCCCACGACAACGCCCUUGCUGAGCGCUUAAUCCAUGAGAAAAAGCGUAGGCGCGCAGAAAAGAUUCUCUUCACUAUUGGCCCCGAACCUACCAAUCCUUCCAGCGGUUCAGCGCUCCCGAUACAGAAGCACAAUAGUGCAAGUACAGCUGUCCCCAAGGGCACCCUUUUGAAAUUUGAUGAUGAACCUUUACCUCCUGUUCAACCGCGCAGUAGACGUAAAAAACGACGGACAGACGUAUCAUCUUCAUCAGAGUCGUCAAGUGACACAUCGUCUGAUAGCGAUGGAAGUGACGUGUCAAUGCCCUCAAGAAUUGGUGAUGCACCAAAAAGGACCCCAGCAAUCGCUAAACCCCGCGUUCCAGUCUCCUCUCCCCUUGUCCCUGGAGAAGCUGCGUCUGCCCUGUCAUCCUCCGAUUCAAGCAGUGACUCUGAUACAGACUCAGAGAGUGAUGACGAGGGACACGCAGCUAAAAAAUCAAAAUCGCAGUCGCAUAUUUCAGAAGAUAUCAGAAUGCAGCUGUUUGGUUCAGCUCCGUUUGUCAACGAGGGAAUGAAGGCUACAUCGACAAAUAGAUUUUCAAGUCCCGGAGCUGCAUCCACGUCAGGAGAGGAUAGUGGCGAGGAACAUAGCUCUGAUUCUGGGUCUGACUCAGAAGAUUCUCAUGUAUCGGAAGACGAUCUGAGCUCAGACGAGUCUUCGGAGAGUGAAUGAUUAUAGUGAACGAGUGUACAUACGGGACCAGGCGCGGUGCAAUGACUGUUGGCCCUUGGGCAUAGUGUACCCGGUCGGAUGCUUAGCAGGCGGUCGAUACUGCACUGUCUGUAUCUAGGGUAACCAUAAUCUAGACAUUUUAACAAGCCUCACGAACACUUCAAUAAUUCGAACUUGUCUGAUGGGU